AUGGAACUUAAACCAUUUUACUGUCAGUCAAUUAAUGGUAUUGAAGCUGAGUGUGCUGAUUUGUUAUUUCCAGGAAUCGGCGAACUAGUUGGGGCCAGCGUCCGUGAGAAUGUUGCUUCUCGUUUACAAACACGCAUGAAGUCCAAUCAGUCGCAGUGGUACAUUAAUUUACGUGGUACUGGUAGUGCUCCCCAUGCUGGUUUUGGUCUUGGCUUCGAGCGUCUUAUGCAAUUUGUUUUGGGAAUAGCUAACAUUCGAGAUGCAAUAGCAUUCCCGAGAAAUACCAAUAAAAUUAUUUUCUAA